UGGCAGAGCAGUACCAGGAGCAGAGCUGGGUGGCCAUGUCUGACCUUGAGAAGGAACUGCAGCAGAUGGAGGCUCAGUAUGAAGAGGAGUUCGGUGAUGGGGCCGACCGUUCAGAAGGUUCUGCUGCUCACGAUGUGAACGGGGAAGGAGACGAUCCUGUGAUUGAGACAGCUGAGAGUGACAGCGAUUAUUGUGAUGACCUAUACUGCCCGGCCUGUGAGAAAAUCUUCCAGAGCACAAAGGCCUUGAAGAACCACAAAAAGUCCAAAAAACACCGGGAGAUGGUGACGUUACUUCGGCAACAGCUGGAGGCAGAGGAAGAUCAUCUGUGUGCAUGGUCAGCAGAGGAUCGGCUUGGAGAUCGGGAAUUGGGAGAGGAUCGGCUUGGAGAGAUGGAAAAUGGAGAGCAUCAACUUGGAGAUCAGGAAUUGGGAGAGGAUCCACUCAUAGAGGAAGUUCAGAGGAGUCGCUCCAAGAGGCAAAAGAACAAACAGCAGCAGAAGAUGUUCAGUGAGCCCCAGUCUGAGGCCACAGACUCGCAGAGCAUCACUAGUUCCACCCCUCACUCCAAGGACAGGGGCAGGGAGGAGGAGGUGAGAUUAGCUGAGAGCUGCAAACCUCAUCGAGACCAGAAGCCAGACCCUUGGCCCCCAAGCGAGCAAGAGGGCGUUUCACACUCCGUCACUGAGCAGCAGGAGACUCGUGCAGAGGGGAGCACAGCCACAGCUUCAAGCGUCUCAAAAGCGAAACGACGAAAAGGAAAAGAUCAGAAAAAGGCAACGAAAGGUUCUGGGCUGGAGAAAGCUCAGGAGACCGGGACACUCUGUGCCACAUGCAGCUCUGUGUUUGCCUCGAGGAACAAGCUGUUCGAACACCUGAAGGCAACGGGACACGCGACAGUACAGCCCUGCCCAGCCAGCAGCAACCAGGCCAAGACAGUGAAACGCAGGAACCGAUAGCACUGAGGCCUGGCAAUCAGCGCUGGUGCCACAGGGCCGGGAGGAAGAGAGAGAGAGAGACUCCCCCACCCACCACCAUCUCCAUGGGACACUCCCCCAUCAGCUCCCUCACCUUCAGGACGGAUCAGGAAAGCAGGGAACGAUGGGAUCCUGCCCUCAGCCUGAGGUCACUCUCUGUCUCAUUGCCUUUAUUUAUAAAACACUUUUUCUACUGAAGUGCAGGAUGAACUUUGUUCUGUUCUGUAGUUGACAGACUCCAGACCACGUUUCCUACUGUGUAGUUACAUUACCGAUUCUGUUCUGAAUGACUAGUCACCACAAGUAACUGAACAAAAACCCGUUUUACUGGGUCCCAUCUUCGGAUAGUUCUCGGCUCUGUGUUAACAUCCAGGGAAAGGACAGGAAGCAGCACUAACACUGAGCCAGCAUUUACACAGUGGGCUGAAUGGCCUCCUACACUCUGAAUGUGGAAACAUGCAAAUGUAUAAAUGUGUUCUCUGACA